UUUUAAUGUUUUGACCUGUAAGCGCGUUUUAACGACUUUCAUUUUGAAUGUAUACCUGUCUCUUUGUUUUAACUACACAAAUACACGUUAUUAUCAUUGUUUUGGUGCAGUUACAGUUAUUUUAGGAUAAGUAUUACCGUAAUUUUAAAAUGAGUAACAACAGUGGUGGAGUAAAACGCCUGGAAGAAAAAUUGCGGCUGAGUAUUGAACGUAACGAUUUAUACGAAGCGCACCAAUUAUACAACACGCUAUUCUAUCGCUAUUCUGCAAAGAACAAGCACGAUCUUGCUAGGAACUUACUAUAUAAAGGGGCAUUGCAUUUAUUUGAGCAUGAAGAGACUGGCAGUGCUGCACAUUUAUGUUUAUUAUAUCUGGAAUCACUGGAAAAUAACGUGCACGAAGUGACCACAGAACUUGCUGAAAUUCUCGGCAAAAUGCACCAUGAAUUGCCUAAAGAGAUUCCGGAACUGGAAACAUUUGAAAAUAGAGCUAUUACUUGGUCUGCAGGGUGUACUGGGAUGCCUAGGUUUGGCAGCAAAGAUUUAAGGUUCAAAUUUGCUAUGAAUUAUUGGGAGGAGAAAAUGUUUCGUGAUUCAAGACAACAUUUUCUAUAUUCUGACGACGGGCAAAAGUUUGGCGAAAUGUUGAAAGAGUUUGUAAUUCUUUGUGGGCGGCCUGAAGAAAUUGACCUCUUCUUGACACAAGCGGUGUUACAACUCCUGUGUAUUAAAUGUGAAAAAGCAGCAGAAGAUAUGUUUAAUACUUACACUAAAAUAAUCUCCAAAAUAUCCCCUGGUCCACCUUAUAAUUACCCCAUCAUAAACUUUCUCUUUUUUCUCUUGCGCGCUGUAAAAGAAAGAAGGCUGAUUCUCUUCACUAUUUUAUGUGACAACUAUCAGCCAUCAUUAAAAAAGGACGCCUCCUUUUUAAAAUACUUGGAAAAAAUCGGCGAGAUAUAUUUCGAUGUUCCUGCAGUGCAGUCCAAGCCUGGAUUUUUUGAAAAUUUAAUGCAGAACUUAUUUGUGAAUGAUGAUAGUGAUGUCACAGAGGGUAGUAAAGGUCAAGGGUCAAAUAUGUUGGUUGAAGAUUUGGAUUAAUAUUUAUAAUUGCUGAUUAUUUUGCUGUUGUUGCUGCCACAUAUAACAUAAUCCAUAAGCAAUAAAGCAAAUAUGUAAAUAGAUUUUCUGGUAAAAAAUGUUAGUUUUACUAUAUUAUUUCAUUUGGCAUUCAGGGAGACAUCAUUAAGGUUUGUCAUUAAGUGUCUUGACCAAGGCUUGUCGCUUUUACUACUGUGGGUGCGUAACCUUAGACAAGACAUUUACCGGCAAAUCCUAACAAUGUCUCGUCAUAUAGAAGAGAAAAUAUUGGUGUAAUAAAAUUAUCUUUUUCACCAGAAGGGCUAUUUACAAAUAUAAUUCAUUGGCUUGCUAAUUUUGAAACAAAAACUUAAUUAUGACGCGGAUAAACCCAGCUUUCUAUUAUUUUUGUAGCUAUUUUUGUUGGUAGCCUACAUUUUUUUUGUUUCUUUAAUUUGGUGUAUGUAUAUGUUUAAUGAAAAGUUUACAUAAAAGAAACGAUACCAAUAAAACAAAAUAAAAAAGUGAUUUUCAAUUCAAGUAAUUUAAAUUCUAAAUGUACCUGAAUAAAUAUAAGAGUAAAAUAUUUUAAAUCUAACUCAUAUUACAAGCAAAUAAUCUGUUUAUUUUCUUAGCAAAUUUUAAAACAUCUGCAAAAAACAUGCUUUACAUUUGUGCUUAUUAAUUAUUUUAACAAAUACCAAAAAAACAACUGUUUUUUUAAUUCAAAUAAACAACUUUUAAGCUUGUUUUAUGAGUUUGGGAUUAAAUAUCUGGCAUUUUUAUAUAUUCAAAGAUUAACCAAUUGUCCCAUAUAUAAAACUUUUCAUAAUUUGUUGAAUGUUUUGUUUGCUUGUUUAAAUUUGAAAUCCUAAUUUCUAAAACCAUUCAUUUUUUCAUGAACUUUACGUUUGUUAUAUAGUAGGUUGGGGUAAGAUGGUCCAUGUUUCGUUCUAUGUUAUCACAAAGAACAUUCAAAGAAUUAUAAAACCGUAUCUUCACGACUCCCACCGUUGUUAAUGGUUUAAAACACGAUUAUAAAAUAUGGGAAGUUAAGUGCCAUGUUAUCCGUCUUACCUCACGGUACUGCUAUACAUAACAUUGUAUGUUGGAUAAUUUUCAAUAUUUAUUCUGUUGUA